AUGCGCGCGCGCCUCGACCUCGCCAACGACGCCGUCGCCGGCGACAAGCUCCUGCGGCUCCACCGCGUGCUCAACUACGCCGCGGGCGCGUCGACGAUCGGCCGCGGGGCCGCGCGCCGCGGCGGGCCGCCCGCGCGCGCGGACGCGCCGCUCCCGCCGCGGCGCUUCGCCGCCGCGAUGGGGCCCGGCGCGACGCGCGAGGCCGUCGUCGACGAGUACGCCGCGGCGACGGCGGAUCGGCUCGGCCACGCGCUGACGCGCGCGCCGGCGCGGGACGCGGGCGAUGCGACGUGCGCGCGGCUCUGGUGCGUGAGCGACCUCCAUUUGGACUGCCCGGGCAACGAGGGCUGGCUCGGCACGCUCGAGCCGCGGCCCGACGACGCCCUCAUCGUCGCGGGCGACGCGGCCGUGCGCCUCGACGCGCUCCGCGCGGCCCUCGAGACGCUCGCGCGGCUCUACAAGCACGUCGUCUUCGUGCCGGGCAACCACGAGCUCUGGCUCACGAACGCGUCCGGGUCCCUCGACACGGCGGCCCACGCCGACUCCGUCGCCAAGUUCUUCGCGAUCCUCGAGCUCUGCGACGAGCUCGGCGUCUGGACGCACGCGGUGACGUUCAACGACGCGUGCCUCGUGCUCCCCCUCUUCUCCUGGCACGCGCCGGACUUCGUGGACCAGAAGAUCACGGGCCACGACCGCUUCUUCGACGCCUUCGACUGCCAGACCGUCUGGCCGGAGUGGCUCGGGAGCCCCCGUGUCGAGGUCGCGCGGGACCCGCGCGUGGCCAAGUUCUUCCUCCAGCUCAACAAGCCGGCGCUGGCCUACGCGGAGCAGCGGCGCGACGCCCUCGAGCGCGAGGGCAACCGCCUCGACGUCGUCGCCGUGUCCCACUUCCUGCCGCUUCCCGAGCUCUUCCCGGGGCCGCUGCUCCUGAAAGCCGUCAUGGGCUGCGCGGGCCUCCAGAAGCAGAUCGACAAGGUCGACUGCGUGCGCGUCGCCGUCGCGGGCCACUCCCACAUCAACUUCGACCAGGACAUCGACGACGUCCGCUACGUCCAGCUCGGCCACGCGGAGCGCGACGACACGGGCGCGCGCAAGGCCCGCGACCUCAAGCCCGCGCUCCUCUACUCGGCGCGCCCGCUCUACGCCUAG